GGAGGGGCUCCAGCGCGCGUGGUCAGCCAGGCCGCCGCCACAAGGAUCCAUUCUGCCCAAUCCUGGGCGCUGGAAGCCCGGGGGUGGCCUGACUGUCACCGUGGCCGAGGAGAAGCUGGGAAUGGUGUCAGCAUACUGGUGGACCCGCGGCAGGCCCGGAGGAUCGCACAUUCCUGGCAGGAAAGGGCCAGUAGUCCCCUGGGUGUGAGCCUUGUAAGUAGCAUUUGGCAGAACUUUAGGCCAAGCCGGGAAAGCCCUUGCGGUUAAGGAUAAACUGGUAGCAGUGGUGUUGCUCGAAUUGGACACAGUCUAGAAGUCCUGCUUAGAAUACAUUCAAAAGUCAAGGGAGCCCUGCUUACUUACUGCUGCAUAGUAGCCAAGAACCUGUGCCUUGUGUGCUUCUCAGCUGCUGUGGAUGGCCCCAGCUGUCUUGACUGCCCUUCUCAAUAGGAUGUCACUGAGAUCCCUCAAGUGGAGCCUCCUGCUGCUGUCCCUGCUGAGUUUCCUGGUGAUGUGGUACCUCAGCCUUCCCCACUACAAUGUCAUUGAGCGUGUGAACUGGAUGUACUUCUAUGAGUAUGAACCAAUCUACAGACAAGACUUUCGCUUCACGCUCCGGGAACAUUCGAACUGCUCUCAUCAGAACCCAUUCCUGGUCAUCUUGGUGACCUCGCGCCCCUCGGAUGUCAAAGCCAGACAAGCAAUUAGAGUUACCUGGGGUGAAAAAAAGUCCUGGUGGGGGUAUGAGGUUCUCACCUUCUUCCUCUUAGGCCAGCAGGCUGAGAGGGAAGACAAGGUGCUUGCGCUGUCCUUAGAAGAUGAGCACCUUCUCUAUGGCGACAUCAUACGGCAAGACUUUUUGGACACGUAUAAUAACUUGACCUUAAAAACCAUUAUGGCUUUCAGGUGGGUCAUUGAGUUUUGUCCCAAUGCCAAGUAUGUCAUGAAAACAGACACUGACGUGUUCAUCAACACGGGCAAUUUGGUCAAAUAUCUUCUAAACUUAAACCACUCAGAGAAGUUAUUCACGGGCUACCCUCUGAUUGAUAACUAUUCCUAUAGAGGGUUUUUCCACAAGAACCACAUCUCAUACCAGGAGUACCCUUUCAAGGUGUUCCCUCCCUACUGCAGUGGGCUGGGCUACAUCAUGUCCGGUGACCUAGUGCCGAGGAUCUAUGAGAUGAUGAGUCAUGUGAAACCCAUCAAGUUUGAAGACGUGUAUGUCGGGAUCUGCUUGCAUUUGUUAAAAGUGGACAUUCAUAUUCCAGAAGACACAAACCUGUUCUUUCUGUACAGGAUCCACUUGGAUGUAUGUCAGCUCAGACGUGUGAUUGCAGCCCAUGGCUUUUCUUCCAAGGAGAUCAUCACGUUCUGGCAGGUUAUGCUGAGGAACACCACAUGCCACUACUAAGGCCGACUUCACACUAGGAAAGGGGGUGCUCUGUGGAAGGAAGGGGCCAGAGUUCAGUGUGCUGGCUUCCUAAACAUAAACUCAUGGAGCAUGCCUAGACUGCAGCUCCAAGGCAUUAACUUACUAGUGAUUUGUUUUCACAAAAUUAACUCAGAUCCUUUAAAGCUGACAGAGGAGUUAAACAUAAAGCAAACAAAGGGUUUUGCUAAUAAAAUCAAAGGAGCAAAGAGUCUGGAUGACUCAGUCUGUAGGUCAGAAUUUCUUAAGAUUUCCCUGAAAGAAAAGCCAACUAGUCCUCAGCAACAAAUCAGUGUAGAGUUGUAUUUAUUAGAUAGUCUAGUCACAUAAUGGUUCAGUGUGUCUCUUAGGUGUUUAUUAUUAAUAUAUAUACAUAUUAUAUAUUUCUUGUAAAAAGCUUUACUGAAGUUGUACUGAAGAAAAUUUCAUUUAUAUUGUUUUCAUUGAUACUGUGGUGUUUCAGAUUUGUCAAAUAGUAUUUAAUGUUAUUUCAACUUUCUGAGUGUUUCAAGGUUAUGGCGGUUUCAGUAUUACACAGUUUGAGUAUUUCACGUUUGAGUUUUGUUUUAUUUACUCCACUGAUCUGUUUAACUCUGAAAGUCCCAUGAAUGUGACAUCAUAGCUUAUUGCUGAUUGUCAGUAAUCUUUUGGAAUGUGUUGCAUAUUUUAUUGUAGAAAUAUGGAGAAUUAAAGUAAGAAACUUAGAGCGUUUGCUCUGUUUCAUAAAAAUGUAGUAAAACAGUGUAGUCGAUGUUUCUAGAUGUCACUCCGUUUGUCUCAUUUUUUUUUCUCUACAGAACUUAGAGAAUUCCAGGCAGUACAUUUCCUAAAGGCACAAAAGGCUAAGACGGUAUUAGAAUAUACUAUUGCAACAUCUAAGUUGGAGAGGGAAGGCGGAAGAGGCAAGUUGCAUUGUUACCCACCCAGUGUGUGUUCUACUUAGUAGUCAGUUUGUGAAUAAAGGGUUUUCAAAAACGA